AUGGCGGAAGAAGAAAAUAUAUCAAUUAAUCAAGAUGAUAAAACACCUUUGAUUAAAGAUGAAGUGGUUGAAGUUGAACCUGAAAAACCAAUUCAUUGGAUUAGUAUGAUAAGUAUUAUGGCGGUUGGUUUCAUUGCAAAUGUAGAGUAUGGAAUUGUUAUGCCAUCGAUCAAUGAAUUUAUUAUUUCAAAAGAUAGCCAUUUUCAUGGACAUAUAAGUAAUAGUAGCGAUAGCAGUGAGAGUCAGAGCGAUUCAUAUUUGGGUUGGGCACUGUCUGGAUUCAGUUUGACACAGCUGGUAUUCCUCCCGAUCGUCGGUAUCUGGGCGGACAAGCGAACAAUCAGAGAGGCAAUCUCUGUGUGUAUCAUGAUUGGAAUCAUUGGAAAUAUUAUUUACGCAACUGCAAUCAAUCCAAUCAUGAUUGUAAUGGGUCGUGUCAUUGCCGGUAUCGGUAGUUCCAACAUGGCGCUCACCAACAGCUAUAUAGCCGCCAUCACCACCAAAGAACAGAGAACUCGGUACAUGGGAAAGAUCAACGGAAUUAACGCAAUCGGUUUGGUGGCCGGUCCCGCUUUCAAUUUGCUGCUGUCGGUCACCAAUUUCACUAUAAAGAUAAAGAGUUUCGAAAUGAAAGUCACCCCACUAAACAGUCCGGGAUACAUGUUGGCAUUCUUCUUGUUGUGUUGUUUGAUUUCAUUCAUUUGGUUCAAGGAGCCACCUCGUGGAUCGACCGACGCCACCGACGAAGAGAAACAAUCGCUGGUUGUACCUGGAGGCUCCGGAGCACUCAACGGUUCAUCGUUGUAUCGCAGUGGCCGAUACAUGGGUGGUUCACAAAUCUAUCAGUCCAGCAAUAGCAACUACAACAACAGCAAUCAACAAGCAGCGAACCAGGAAGAUGUGCACGCAUCGAUUACACAAAUCACAAGUGCAAGUGCACAUCUCUCUUUCAAUUAUAAAUCGAUUGCGAAAUCAGUCAGUAAGAUACACAAGUCGAAUGGCGGUGCCAUGAACUACAAGGAAGACAAAGAAACAUUCUGGACAAACCUAAAGAAAUUGCUGAAUGCAUCGCUUCUAACAUGUUUCGUAAUCAAUUUCGUACAAAACUUUGUUUUCGGUGCGUUGGAAACAAUGAUUACACCGAUGACAUCCGAACAAUAUGGAUUCAAAACGCUCUCAAACUCAGUGAUGUAUUCCGUUGUCUCGGCAGAGAUCAUUGUAUUCAUUUUCGCAACGGUCGCAGCAAGCAAUAUGGGUAUUCAAGACAAAUUUUUGGUACUGUUUGGUCAGUGUUUCCUCGGUGCCGGUUUAACUAUGCUCUUUAUUUUCUUUGGUGUGCCGGCAAACCGUCAUGUCGACCUCUGGAAGUUCUGUCUCUCGGUGGCAAUCACAACCGUUGGUAUACCAACGCAGAACACCUCGAUCUACUCGCUCUACUCGAAACUACUGAAUCGUAUCUUUGGUGAAGAUGAACAACAAGGUUUCCAAACUGGUUUCAUGAUGCUUAUGGGUUCGCUAGCUCGUAUCGUCGGACCACUCUGGGCAUCGUACGGACUCACAAUGAGUAACCGUUUCCCUCUUUUCCUUGUGCUACUAGCAAUGUGGGUCUUUGACAUCGGUGUAACAUUAAUAUUCUUUGGUAAAUUAACAUUUAUAACAAAACCAGGUCAAAAAGCAAUGAUAGUUGCUCAUUAA